AAAUGUGAAUAAGCAUUGAGUACUUGCUAGAGAACGCACAUUGUUCGUAGGUAAGUGAAGUACGAAAAUUAUAAUAUUUACUAAUUAUUAUUGUUUCCAAUGGAAGUAUUUAGGUAGUUUUGAUAUUCGUAAUCAAGUAAUAUACAGUGUACCUACCUACCCAUCGUAAAUAUUUAGCUAGACGUUACUAUGGCUAGUCAAUGGUAUGUUGCCGGAGUACUAUCUUUUGAAAGAUUGAAUAAUUGCUUCUCGAGUCUCGUAGGCCGUAGCGGUAGACUGUAGAUAAAUAUAUCAGUCGUGUUGCGCGCAGCGAACGGUCGCCGCUUGUCUCCGCAAACUGUUUAUCUCGCACGCUCGACGUGCUGGCUCCUAUCAUUUAAAAAUAAAUUUAUAUUGCAAUAAAUUAUUUUACCUCGAUGUCAAAUGCAAUAUAUCAUGUGAAGAACUUACAGUUAGUGAUUUAUAUAUAUCUAGUUAAAAGAACAAUAUUACACACUUUUCCUAAGUGAUACACUAGUGUUGAACAAAAAAAAUGUCAAAAAAUAAACGAGUGAGGUCCCCACAACAGCUGUGGGAAUCCAUAUCAUCAAAGUCAGUUCAUCUUGUUGAAGGACUUUUCUUCAGACUUGGUGUGCUUGUGGCAAGACAUCCAUGGAAGACUGUGACUUUAACAUUAUCUUUUGUGUUGUUAAGUUGCUUUGGAUUUAUUAGAUUUCAUAUUGAAAAAAAUCCAAUGAACUUAUGGGUGCCUCCAGAAUCAGACUUUUAUUAUGACACAAACUGGUAUAUAGAUAAAUUUGGCACUGGCUUCAGACUUCAGAAGAUCAUUAUAACUGCAGAUAAUGUUCUCGAGCCAGAAGUAUUAAUUGCAGUCAACAAUGUUACAAAUGCAGUAAAUGCUAUAAAAGUGAGUUAUGAAAAUAAGGAGUAUUCUCUCAGUGACCUGUGCUACAAAGUACCUAUUGUAAAUUUUUAUAGUACAAGCCGAAACAAAAGAUCUCUGAACCCAGUAAUUGAUGAAACCAGACGGACAAAUGCAAGUGCACCCAGUGACAGUGAUUUCUCAGACCCAACACUUUGGGUGAAUGAUGAGUUUUACUGUGAUUUCUUAGAAAGUUUUCAAUAUAGUUGUUUACAAAAUAAUAUUUUGGAUUUGUGGAAGAAUGACCAAGAAAAAAUAAAUCAGGCUACUAAAAAGGAUAUCAUUGAUAAAAUUAAUACUGUCAAAAUAAACCCUACUACGGGUCAUCCUGUUGAUUAUACAAAACUUUUUGGUGCUGUAAAAUAUGAUGAACAUGGUAAUGCAGUGUCUGCGGGAUCAGUUAUGUUAACAUGGUAUACUCAGGUGAAUAUGAGUAGUGUAGAUAUUAAUGAAGUAGGUAAUUUGGUUGGUACUGAAGACUGGGUCUCCGUCCCUCUGGGUUUGUGGGAAAAUGAGUUUUUAGAAUUAAUGAAUGUAAUGUCUCAAAAUCACUCAGAAAUCAAUUUAUUCUAUGAAGCUGGAAGAAGCUUUGCAGAUGUCAGUGGUAAUGCCAUGUUUGAUGAAUUAGGCAAAUUGUUUUUAGGUAUUAUGUUAAUGUUUUUAUACAUACAAUUUGCUUUAUCUCGUAGCAAUUGGCUGGAAAUCAGAUUAACAUUAGGUAGUGUAGGAUUGCUGGUUGUAGGCUUGGCCUAUGCAACUUCUGUUGGCUGGUGUUCGAUUUUCGGUAUUUCAUUUGGACCUAUUCACAGUUCUUUACCAUUUCUCUUGAUGGGUCUAGGAAUUGACGACAUGUUCGUUAUGAAUGCUUGCUGGAAUAAUCUGCCUGAAUCAGCAGCACAGAAAAGUCUGCCAGUUAAAAUAGGACUGAUGCUGAAGCACGCUGGCGUGUCCAUUGUAAUAACGUCAUUCACAGACAUUGUUGCUUUACUUAUUGGAGCCAUUACGAUACUUCCGUCGUUGAAGUCCUUUUGUAUUUACGCCGCUACCGGUGUGUUUUUCAUAUUUUGUUACUCUGUUACAUUUUAUGUCGCAGUUCUCUCGUUGGAUAUUAGAAGGAUACAAGACAAUAGAAACGGGAUAUUGUUUUGUUACAAACACAAAAAAGAGAUUAAGACAUCAACUGGUAAAACUGUAUUCCAGACCUUAAUGGAUAAGUUUUACAAAAAUUGCGUGUUUACGAUUCCUGGUAAAGCAAUAGUUAUUCUAUUUACUAUUAUAAUUACUGGAUUUAGCAUUCAAGCAAUAUUCAACUUGGAACAGAGGUUUGAUCCCAAAUGGUUUAUUCCUGAGGACACUUAUUUUAAACUGUUUAUUAACACUCACGACUACUACUAUCCCGAAGAGGGAAAUCAGGCCAUGGUGUUUUUAGGAGAGAUGAACUACACUAAAGAGUUCGUAAAACUUUAUGAUAUGACACAAAACUUACGAAAAGAAAAUUAUAUUUAUGAUGUUAGCUGUUGGGUCGAACACUUCCAUCAAUAUGUUUUACAAAAUUACAAUAAAGACUUGAUUAAAAAUGCUUCAAGCAUUUCAGACGACGAGUUCAACCGUCAUUUGUCUAGAUUUUUGUACAGCCCAAUAGGAGGCAGAUUUCAAGCAAAUUUCAAAUUCUCUGAACAUUUUCCUUGUGGCGAUCCAGCGACACACAUUCAAGCAUCGACAAUGUUUUUCAAACUCGCUAGGUUUAGCGGUCCUGACGUAUAUUUACCAGCUAUGAAUCACGUUCGAAAUAUUGUCAAGAGUACAAAUAUAACUAGUGGCGAUGGUUAUCGUAGUGUCUGGUCAAAGGUAUUCGCAAAUUGGGUCACAGAUGAAAUCAUAGCUGUCGAAGUUGAGAGAAACAUAGAGUUGGCUUUACUAUGCGUAAUGGUCUGCACUGUGAUAUUGAUAACAAAUUUGCAAAUGUGUCUGUGGAUAUUCGUGUGCGUACUGUUGACCAUAGUCAAUGUGCUGGGAUGUAUGCAAAGAUGGGGCAUGACUGUAGAUAUAGUGUGUUGUAUAGGUCUUGAACUUGCUACUGGUUUGUGCGUCGAUUAUGCAGCUCAUGUCGGUCACACAUUUUUGACAUUGACUGAAGGUACAACUUCAGAGAGAGCAUAUAAAACAGUAACAUCUAUAGGAUCCGCAGUUUUGUUGGGUGGAGGUUCCACGUUCCUAUCCCUAUCACUACUAAGUAUGUCUAAAGCGUAUACAUUCCAAUCAUUUUUCAAAAUAUUCCUUCUCGUAAUAUUAUUUGGUUUAUUUAAUGGCUUGGUAUUCCUACCAGUUGGUCUAUCAUUAAUAGGUCCAGGUGCUUACAAACCAACUAAACAUAAAACCACUGAAAUGGUUGAGCUCAAUGGGAAGCACGAAGUCGUUGAAAAGCAAUUAGAGGACGGAUGAUUUAUUGAGACGUUUAUGAAUGGUUUUAAUGUAUUUUAUAUGUGAUACAAUUUAUAAUAGUGACAGCACGAUUGUCACAAAUAAUUAAGCUGGCUAUUUGAUGAUACAUUAUCAUUGUAUAGUCGUGUGCCUUAACAUUUUGCACGUAUACUUGUUUGUGUAACUGUUUUAUACCAUGAAGUACGUUAAUACGAUAACACGAAUUAUUACGGCAUUACGUUGAAAUGAUAGAAUUAUAAACAUUGUAUGAGAGAUGACAUGAUAAUACAUUGGUUUGAGUAACUAUAGGUGCUAAGUAACAAAGGUAAUUUGUAGGUAAUAGGUGCUCGCAUGUUUUUAUAUUAGGUCACGUACGAAAUGUAGUGAUUAAAUCCACAGGAUAUGUGGCCAUAUUUGUCCAAAAGAAACCCAAUCGGAUUAGCCAGACCUUUAUUCUGACCUUGUAAUAACAAUGAUAAUAUGCAAAUAUUUUAUUUUAAAACAUAUCGAAUCUAUUUUUAUAGUAAAACAAUUUUAUCUCUAAGUAGUAAAAAUGUAAAGUAGUAACUAUUAUGUAAAGUUUUACGAGUAGUUAUGCUAUUCAAACUGCAAGGCGCUUAUUAUUAUUUAGCUAAUUAGGUUAUGUAUUACCAAAAUAAAUGUGUAGUGGAACAGGUCAGACUAUGUAAUGGAAAGAUUAUAUCUACAUAUUGCUUCACCGGAAAAAGAGGGCAGUUUAUUAUCAGAAACAAAACGAGAUUGUGAAGGAAACGUGUCUAGAAUAUAAUAAUAUACUUAGUAAUAAUUAAUAGGUCAAGGUGAACAGCGCUUUACAGUAUUCACUUAAAACUACUUUAUCAGUUACUUCAGAGCUGCAAAAGCAAGAAUAAAGUAUUCAAAGAUGAAAAUCAAUAGAUGAAGUUUGUCUUCGAAAUAAUUACAGUUCUGAAGGAUGGUUAAUUGCUGGUGUAACCACGUGUAUCGUUGAACUUAAGGCAGGGCGCAAACGUGGACACUUUUGUAUUUUGCCAGGUCGAUUCUACCAAAAAAUAUUUAAUUUAUCUGGAAUCCAUUUGAAAUCAAACAUCUAUCGAUACUCCCUGAUCAUUGCUACACGAUACAGUAACUCAGAUUCAUUAUAACUGUCUGCCGUGUCAGUAACAGAUAGAGUAUACGUUUGUCCAGCGCCUAACGCGAACAGCCUGUUGCCAUGCGAUAGUGGUACCUUCACAGAAUCGCUGCCGUGUUGCACUCUCAUGUGUGUCAUCAGUCUCAUCUUAGUGAUAAUACUGACAAUAUUUUAGUAAGUAGUAACUCAGCCGUUCAUGAUCAACGGGCCAUGCGUUUUAAGCUUUGAGGAGACCAAAAGAUAUUAUUUUUAAAUUACAAUAUAAUUGGGUCGAUUUAAGGAUUAGCUACCGAAAUUACCACGACUCAAAGAUGUGAUAAAAGAUAAGAUUUGAAUCUUCUGAACUAUUUUAGUGAUAAGAAAAAUAGUGUAUUUGAAUUAUAUUAAUGUUGUAUUCAAUUCAAAUGUAAAGGCCAUAAAUUUUAUGUUCUUUUCAUUUAGCUGGUUUAAGUGUGGAUUUGGAAAUAAACAGUGUAUUGUUUCUUUUGCCUAGUAACAGUUUAUAUUAUUGUAGUGUGGAUAUUGACUAUGACUAAUACUGUAUGUCACGAGUCACGGUGUAGUUUUUUGUUUCGGUUCAUGAUCAUUACAAGUUUCGAAGAUAGGUGUCUUUUAAUUGACGUCUUUAAUUUUCUUGCCCUUUUUUGUUCCAUUCUGGGCAAAGGCCAUAUCUUUCUUAUCGAAAUAUCUGCAUAUUUUUAUUUAGAUUUUUAAUAAAGAGCAUGAAUGAAGAAAUAAACCUGGCAAAUAUAUGCCAAAGCUAAAAUAUAACAUGUCAUUUGAUUCUAUCUAUUGCCAACUUGCCCACGUUUUCGUACGUGUUGCUUGGCUAUUUGCCAAUUAAAAGAGUGUAUCGAACCCUACAUAAGAUUAUGAUUAGCAAAAAACAAUGUGCAUUAUUAUGUUUAUCAUAUUUCGGCUUUUAGAGUUACACAAUUUCGCCAGUUGGACGCUAAAUCCGAUAAAUCAAAUUUAUUAUCUUUAUAAGAUUGGGCAGACAUUAUAUCGCAUGCGUCAUAAUAAUGCAUAUUUGAGAGUAUUAGCCACUUGUAUUCGAUUCACCUCGCCAGACAUGUCACAAUAGUAGAUAAGUUUCUGCCAAUGCGUUUGCAUAUAGCUGUAUACUACCGAUGUAAAAGACGAUGUUUUGCCGUUUUAUACCAAACACUAGCUCAAAAAAAUGUUAUUACUUUAACUAUAAAUGGCGGGCACGUUUCGUGACGUAGUUUACGAUUUAAUUGGCGUUGGCUCUUCGAAUUAACGGUGUGUUCUAUAAUGACCAUGCUAGGUACUAUUAUUAAAAUCCGGAACAUGUAAAAUUGUUUAUAUUGUUCAUUUAGAAUUAAACUUACAAAUUAAUGUAAGCAGAACCAUGUUUUAUGGUCCAAUUUUGUAUAAUUAACUGUAAAACAUCAAUUAAUUGUGUGUUAACUGAAUUUAAUUAUGAACAAUAGCAUAAAUGUACUUAGGACUCUCUUUAAUACUGUAACUGUGGAUAGAUUUGUAAUAUAAGAAACAUGCUGAUAAAGAUGUGUUUAAUUGAAUAAAAUAUUGCAUUUUUUUACUGUGA